UGUUUGCGUCUGGUAAGUAAUUUCGUUCGGAGUGUCCGUGCCUGGGGAUACUGUGUGGGUGGUGGAGAGGCAUUCCUUGCGGGGAUAUAUAGCUCUCUCUCCCCUCACACCACCCAGCACACACUCCCUCUUGGUUUCUCUUUUCUUUCUUUCUAAAGAAAUUCCAGAGCUUUGAACCAACGAUGAGCUGCAAGUCGGUGGCAGUGGUGGUGUUUCUGGUUUACAUGGUGGCGACGGCGAGCUCCAACUCUCUGUCGAAGGCCGUGAGCUACAAGAGCUGCACGUCUUGCGGGAAUUUGCUCCCCAACCCGGCUAACAGCUGCUGCGUGCAGCUCCUCCUUCUGGGCUCUGCGGUUUGCGACUGCGAAAAGUACAUCCCCAACUACGAUAUUCAGGCGCUGCGGUCUGCACUCGUCGCUUGCACCGGGCAGGACGUGUGCAAAUUUGCUGGCUACCCAGCUAGGAAAGAUGAAACAAACGCAAAACCUUGAGGAAAGCGUGUGCUGGGGACUGAAUGUUUGCCUGAGUGUUGUGUUGCUCUUGGCAUUCUAAUAAUGUGUUCUAACUAAUGUGUUCUGUGUCUGUGUGAUGUGAUCCAGAAUAAAGAAAUUUUACAAUAAAAGUGCUUAAAAAUGC